AUGGCUGCUAAUGCAGAAGCAUGUUCUCUUAGAAGCGAAAUCAAGUCCUCUGUUCAUUUUGAGAACCGCUGUGAUCGAGUGGCCAUCUGGUAUUGGUUUAAUUAUAAUGGGGAUUUAGUGAAAUAUGCCAGUUUGAAGAAAGGUGAAUUUAUCAAAAUGAACACAUACGUCAACCAUCCCUGGUGCGCAAGAGACCGAGAAACAAAUGAACGACUUGAAAUCAACAAAGUUCCAGUGUAUUAUCCAACAGAGACACAAGACGGAACCGUCAACCCUGUGUUCAUAGAUAUUCCAGAUACCAUUCCCGACUACAAUGACAAUCUGGUGCAGACUUUUACUGUACAAGAGAGCCGAGUCUGCGUUCGUUGA